AAGUUUCACGCGUUUACAUCAGUUCUCUGGGCUGGCAGAGGCGGCUCAGUGUGCGUGUGUCUGUACCAGUACCUGUGAUCUUGCUGACCGUGGUAAGAGGGGAGUUGAGUCUACCCGAUCUCCCCGGGGGAACAUGCCUUUGGCGAAGGAUUUGUUAAACCCGUCUCCAGAAGCAGAGCGGAGGCGGCACAAGAAAAAACGCUUGGUUCAAAGCCCAAACUCGUACUUCAUGGACGUCAAGUGCCCAGGCUGCUACAAGAUCACAACCGUGUUCAGCCAUGCCCAGACGGUGGUGCUGUGUGUCGGUUGCUCCACGGUUCUGUGCCAGCCCACUGGUGGCAAGGCCCGCCUGACUGAAGGCUGUUCAUUCCGGAGAAAGCAACACUGAGUGACGUGUGCAGGGUACAGUUUGGGCGACGUGACUGUACCGAUGAUCAAUGACCUUCACCGGGAUAUGGGGCUGUUAUUUCAUUGAUUGCAAUGAAUGUGAUUGUACAUUGCAGUUGGCUAAAAUGGGCAUUUAUAGUUUUUCACUGUUUAUUGUCCACAGCAUCUAACUAAUAAAAUCAGAACUGUGUUCAUGAUCCAA